GGCUGACAGGUGAUUUUUAUGCUGUUUUUGCUGCCACUUGUCAUAAGGAAAUUGUUUUCUCCUCCAGUGAAACUCACGCCCACUGGUUUCCGCCACGAGGGCGGUGAUAACGGGGAUCCCGGGCGGAAGCACCGGCCGCUCUCCUACCUGAAUGGCUGCUAAAAAUAGGAAUUAUCUCAGCCCUCCACCGGCUUGGGCAUAAAAGGGCACCUCCCAGGAGAGCCUGAGAAGAACCCUUAGCGCCUGUGGCCGAGGAGCUUGUCUUGACCUAUGUCCAAACAGGCAGAAAUACUGAUGGAAAGCAACGUGAGGGCUCCGGCUGAGGAGGUGCCUCGGUGGGAUGUGGGGAGGCAGCCGUCGGGCAAGAUCCUCUCCCUGGACAGGCAAGGGGCCAAGAAAGUGCUGGAGAUUUAUGUCAGGCGCUCGCUGAGCUGCCGUGAGAACCCACCAGGGGCCAAACAAACCCCACAGGAGAAAACUGGAGGGCGAGGGAGGAAGACAGACGGGCUGCAACGGUCAGAAAGCGACUUCUGUACAUACUCAGGUGCCAAAUCCAGCCCCAAGAAGAACCAGGAGGAGGGACUGAAAGUGCUGGACCUGGAAGAGGCUCUGGAUGAUGACAGCAAAGCUCCCCAGGAGGUCACUAAAGAGGGGCCGAAGCCCAAGAGGAAAAGCACAAAAAACUCCUCCCAAGGCAAAACCCAACAUUCGGGUUCAAAACCAACCUGGUUGAAAAGUUUCUUAAAUUUCUUCUUCAAGAGGAGCCCUGAGGACCAGAAGGAAAACGCAGGGCAAAAAGCAAAGGAGAAAGAUGCCAAAGCUUCUCAGGGCUCCAAACCAGAAGGAGCCAAAAAACACAGAGUAGACUCAAGCACGUCCCCAGUGCCAGGCAGAGCCCCGAAGAGGAAAACCAGCCUCAAGAAGGUUUUCUCCUUGAAGAAGCACGGGGAGGAGGAGCGGGGAGAGACGGGAUCCGGGGCGAGGACCAAGCGACCCGGCUGCCUUCCCCUGUGGCACGUCCUGGCACCGGCCACGCCAGCAGAGGUGGAGCAGCCCGAUGGCUACUACACAGAGGUCUCAGAAGAGAUUGGGCUGAUCGUGCAGGGCAGUGAGAGCCAGGAGAGAAGGGCAAGUGGAUUUGGGGAGCCCCCACAGCCACCUGGCACCGAUGGGGUUGAUGAACCCAUCAGGAGAAUCGUGGCCCUGCUCCGGAGCGCAGGAGAUGAGCUGGACAGGCAGAUGCGGGAGGACGCGCGGCUGCAGCUCUUCUUCAGGGACAUGUCCUACAGCUCCUUCAAGGACCUGGCCGACGCCUACGUCCGGCGGGAAAUGACGGCCAGCAGGGCCGAUGCCAACCCCCAGGAGAUCCAGUUUGCCUUCACGGUCCACCUCACGGCCACGCUGGCUGGAAUCUGCAGCCAGGCAGUGAACAGGAUCAUGGGCUUCGGCACACGGUACCUGGAGGAUUCGUUUGCGCCCUACGGCAAAAUUCUCCAGAACAGAGAAAAGCUCAGGACAGACCACUGUGACAGCCCAGACUGACAUCAGCUGCUGUGAGGGGCCUGUGGUGCCUGGGAACCCAAGGAUGAAGAUUUACUGGUGGGAGGACAAUCCCUGAUGGUGACCUGGAUGUGGGGUGAACUUCUGAGCCCUGGAUUUAAAAUCCUCGAAGGAAAACCUGAGCAACAGCCAGAGCACUGUGAAAUGCUAAAAACCCUCCUGGCUGGGGGCAGAGAGUCUGUAAAUCAAACAAAGCCCAGAUUUCACCCUGUAUUUGCAUUUUAGCUCCCACCAAGUGCAUGUGUUGAACCUCAGGGGUUGUUGGUGUUUGUGUAUGUGUAUUUAUUUACCUGUUUUUCUAUAUGUAUCUGUGAAUGUACAACAUAACUUUUGUAGUUUCUGCUGUCAGCCAAGCAUCCAGUUUGGAAAAAAACCAUAAAUCUUAAAUAAAUUGGUGCCUAAAUGCCAGCCAGGCUUAUCUUCAGGGUGUUGUGUGAGGCUUUUAUAGAUGGAAUAACGUUUGCUUUGCUCCAGCUGCUGUGGCUGCUCCUUUCCAAGUGGCACAAGGGACUCAGACAGGGGAUACACAGUGCUGUCCUGCCAAUUU